UCUGUCAAAUAAAUUUUUGUUUUCUUUAGAAUUUCAUUUAAAAAUACAAUUAAAUUGUCUAUUUUUUGAGAUAAAUUAUUUAAAAUUGUUUAUAAAAAUAUAUUUGUUGUUAUUUAAUUUAUUUAAAAAAAAUUAUUUAAAUAGGUUUUUAAAAAACUGGCGGGUUUUUAGUGUCGAUAAUAAUUUAUCUUGAAUUGAUAAUACAGUUUUAUAAAAGCGACAACAUAAAUGAUGUGAUAAAAAUUUGUAUCAAAUUGUAAACGACAUUGAUACUUUCGCCAUUUGUAAUUUUCUCUCAUAUAUAAUCAUCACAAUUUACAAGUGACGUGUCUCUAUCAACUCUAUUGUAAAAGAAAAAUCUUAAAAAAACUAAAUAACAAAUUGUGGACAGUGAUGAUUGUUUAAUAAUAAUUAAUUAAUUAACUAACAAAUUAUCAAAAUGUUGACUAAAUUUGAGACUAAAUCAGCAAGAGUCAAGGGUUUAUCCUUUCAUCCAAAAAGACCAUGGAUAUUAGCAAGUUUGCACAAUGGUGUUAUUCAGCUUUGGGAUUAUCGUAUGUGUACAUUACUGGAAAAAUUUGAUGAACAUGAUGGUCCAGUACGUGGUAUUUGUUUUCAUAAUCAACAGCCAUUAUUUGUAUCUGGUGGUGAUGAUUAUAAAAUAAAAGUAUGGAAUUAUAAACAACGUAGAUGUAUAUUUACUCUACUUGGACAUUUGGAUUAUAUUAGAACAACAGUAUUUCAUCAUGAAUAUCCAUGGAUAUUAAGUGCAUCUGAUGAUCAAACAAUACGUAUAUGGAAUUGGCAAAGUCGUACAUGUAUAUGUGUACUAACUGGACAUAAUCAUUAUGUUAUGUGUGCACAAUUUCAUUUAACAGAAGAUUUAAUUGUAUCAGCAUCAUUAGAUCAAACAGUACGUGUAUGGGAUAUAUCUGGUUUACGUAAAAAAAAUGUUGCACCAGGACCAGGUGGUCUUGAGGAUCAUUUAAAAAAUCCAGGUACAACUGAUUUAUUUGGUCAACCAGAUGCUGUUGUUAAACAUGUACUUGAAGGACAUGAUCGUGGUGUUAAUUGGGCAAGUUUUAAUCCAAAUUUACCAUUAAUUGUAUCUGGUGCUGAUGAUCGUCAAAUUAAAAUGUGGCGAAUGAAUGAUUUAAAAGCAUGGGAAGUUGAUACAUGUAGAGGACAUUAUAAUAAUGUAUCAUGUGUAUUAUUUCAUCCAAGACAAGAUCUUAUAUUAUCAAAUUCAGAGGAUAAAAGUAUACGUGUAUGGGAUAUGGCUAAAAGAGGAUGUCUUCAAACAUUUAGAAGAGAACAUGAAAGAUUUUGGGUUAUGGCUGCUCAUCCAACAUUAAAUUUAUUUGCUGCUGGUCAUGAUUCAGGAAUGAGUAUAUUUAAACUUGAAAGAGAACGUCCAGCAUAUGCUGUACAUGGAAAUGUAUUGUAUUAUGUUAAAGAAAGAUUUUUACGUAAAUUAGAUUUUACAACAUCAAAAGAUACAGCUGUUAUGCAAUUAAGAGGUGGUGGAAAAACACCAGCAUACAGUAUGUCAUAUAAUGAAGCUGAAAAUUCAGUAUUAAUAUGUACAAGACCACCAACAAAUAUUGAUAAUAGUACAUAUGAUCUUUAUAUGAUACCAAAAGAUGAUAAUACAACUGAUCCAGAUACAAAAAGAGCAUCUGGUUUAACAGCUAUUUGGAUUGCAAGAAAUAGAUUUGCUGUUCUUGAUCGUGGUUAUACACUUAUCCUUAAAAGUUUUAAAAAUGAAGUUGUUAAAAAAGUACCAAUUCCAACUUGUGAUGAAAUUUUCUUUGCUGGAAGUGGAAUGUUAUUAUUACGUGAUCCUGAACAAGUUAUAUUAUUUGAUGUUCAACAAAAACGUCAACUUGCUGAAGUUAAAAUGUCAAAAUGUCGUUAUGUUGUAUGGUCAAAUAAUAUGACACAUGUUGCAUUAUUAUCAAAGCAUACUGUUAAUAUUUGUAAUAAAAAAUUAGAAUCAAUAUGUUCAAUAUCAGAAAAUACAAGAGUUAAAUCAGGUGCAUGGGAUGAUUCUGGUGUAUUUAUUUAUACAACAAGUAAUCAUAUUAAAUAUGCAAUAACAAGUGGUGAUCAUGGUAUUAUUAGAACUCUUGAUUUACCAAUUUAUGUUACUAAAGUUAAAGGAACACAAGUUUAUUGUCUUGAUCGUGAAUGUAAACCAAGAAUAUUACGUAUUGAUCCAACAGAAUAUAAAUUUAAAUUGGCAUUAAUUAAUCGUAAAUAUGAAGAAGUAUUACAUAUGGUUAGAACAGCAAAUCUUGUUGGUCAAUCAAUUAUUGCAUAUUUACAACAAAAAGGAUAUCCAGAAGUUGCAUUACAUUUUGUUAAAGAUGAAAAAACACGUUUUGGCUUGGCACUUGAAUGUGGUAAUAUUGAAGUUGCACUUGAAGCUGCAAGAACAUUAGAUCAAAAAACAUGCUGGGAAUCAUUAGCACAAGCAGCAUUACUUCAAGGUAAUCAUCAAGUUGUUGAAAUGUGUUAUCAACGUACAAAAAAUUUUGAAAAACUUGCAUUUCUUUAUUUAAUAACUGGUAAUCUUGAUAAAUUACGUAAAAUGACAAGAAUUGCUGAAGUUAGAAAAGAUGUAUCUGGACAAUAUCAAGGAAGUUUACUUCUUGGUGAUAUUUAUGAACGUGCUAAAAUUCUCAAAGAUUCUGGACAAAAUUCAUUAGCUGCAGUGACUAAAAAAAUACAUGGUAUUGCAAAUGAAGAAGAUGAAAUUCAAGCAAAUUUAAUUGGUGAUGAAUUUAAGGAUCUUGAAAAUGGUGCAAUUUAUUUACGUCCACCAGUACCAGUACAACAAGCUGAAAAUAAUUGGCCAUUAUUAACAGUAUCAAAAGGUUUCUUUGAGGGUGCAAUGAUGUCAAGAGGAAAAAGUCAAGUUGCAGCAGCACUUGCUGCUGUAGAAAAUGAUGAUGAUACUGGUGUUGUUGACGGUUGGGGUGAUGAUGAUGAACUUGGAAUGGAUGAUGAUGAUGAGGAUAAUGAGACACGCAAAACUGGUGAUAAAGCUAGUGCUGGUGAUGGUGAUGAAAAUGGUGCAGGAUGGGAAGUUGAAGAUGUUGAUUUACCACCAGAACUUGAAACAACUGCAUCAUCAAAUGAUAAUGGUUAUUUUGUUGCACCAACAAAAGGCAUACCACCAUCACAACAUUGGGUAACUAAUUCACAAUUGCCAGUUGAUCAUAUUGCUGCUGGUUCAUUUGAUAGUGCAUUCCGUUUGUUACAUGAUCAAGUUGGUGUUACGGAAUUUUCAAAUUAUCAAACAUUAUUUAUGACAACAUUUGCAAGAUCUAAAACAAGUUAUUCAGCAUUUCCAAGUACACCAUCAUUGUGUGGUUAUCCAUUAAGAAAUUGGAAAGAUGCAACACCAAAAAGUGCUUUACCAUCUGUUGAUCUUCAAUUGAGUGAACUUGUACAAAGGCUUCAAGUUUGUUAUCAGCUAACAACUGGUGGUAAAUUUCCAGAAGCUAUUGAAAAAUUACAAGCAAUAUUAUUAAGUGUUCCAUUACUUGUUGUUGAUACUAGACAAGAUAUUGCUGAAGCACAACAAUUAAUACAAAUAUGUAGAGAAUAUAUAUUGGGAUUAAAAAUGGAAACUGAAAGAAAAAAUGCACCAAAAACAACAUUAAAUGAACAAAAAAGAGUAUGUGAAAUGGCUGCAUAUUUUACACAUUGUAAUCUUCAACCAGUACAUCAAAUAUUAACAUUAAGAACAGCAGUUAAUAUGUUUUAUAAACUUCAAAAUUUUAAAACAGCUGGUGCAUUCGCACGUAGAUUAUUAGAACUUGGACCAAGACCAGAAGUUGCACUACAAGUACGUAAAAUACUUCAAGCAUGUGAUAAAAAUCCAGUUGAUGAACAUCAAUUACUUUAUGAUGAACAUAAUCCAUUUACACUUUGUGCUAAAACAUAUACACCAAUUUAUCGUGGUAAACCACAAAUUGAAUGUCCACUUUGUGGUGCUAGUUAUCAGCCACAAUUUAAAGAUACUAUUUGCAAUGUUUGUGAUGUCGCACAAGUGGGAAAAGAGUGCAUUGGUCUCAGAAUAAGUCCACUACAAUUCCGAUAAACAUAAUUCCUUUUUCUAUUAAUAAUUAUUUCAAUAUAAUUUUUCUUUUUUUUUUCAUUUUCAUUACAUUAUAUCUUCUAAAAUUAUGACUAGAUAAAAAAAAAAAAAAAAAAACUUAUACAGAAUUUAAAUUUACUUUUAAAUACUACUAAAUACUUUGCAACAAUUUUGUAUUAUUAAUUAUUUGUUAAUUUAUAUACAAUAUUACAGUAAAUAUAUGAUCUAUUGUUUUCUUUUUCUUUUUUUUUUUUUUUUUGAAUGCAAAAUAUAUAAUAAAUAAAUAAAAUUUACAUUACUAUGUUUUACUGUAAGAAAUAUAAAAAUUAUACAUUCUUAAUUGAAGUCAUUGUUGAAUCAUUAACGGAUAAAUAUAGUAAGUAUGUAUUUCCGGGAAAAAAAAUUUGCCACGAAUA